GCAAGCGGGAAACGGAAGUAUUAUUAGAGACCCAUAAAUACUGUAUCCGCUUUGCUGCCGCCGGGUGUUGACGCGCGUGCGCGCGCGGGGUGGUGGAAAAAGCAGAGACUUGGGCUGCCUAGAACUGCUUCCUGUCAGAAAAAGAAAGGGAUUCUGCACCGGACAAAAGCACGUUGCCCAUUUAAAACUCUUCUGGGAGAAAAGACUGGUGCUUUUACAGAGGCUUAGCUGGUCAUCUACACAGCAUAUCCAGAAAUGGCUUCUUUGGGGACUAGCAGCCAAACAGUUACUGAAUAUGUGGUCCGCGUUCCCAAAAACAUGUCCAAAAAAUAUAACAUUAUGGCUUUCAAUGCUGCUGACAAGGUCAACUUUGCUACCUGGCACCAGGCAAAGAUGGAACGAGAUCUCAGCAAUAAGAAGAUCUACCAGGAAGAAGAGAUGCCAGAGUCUGGAGCGGGCAGCGAAUUCAACCGCAAGCUGCGUGAGGAGGCACGGCGCAAGAAAUAUGGCAUCGUUUUAAAGGAGUUCAAACCUGAAGACCAACCUUGGAUCCUGAAAGUCAACGGCAAAGCUGGGCGCAAGUUCAAGGGUGUGAAAAAGGGUGGUGUGACAGAAAACACAUCCUAUUACAUCUUCACACAAUGUCCAGAUGGUGCUUUUGAAGCCUUCCCUGUCAACAACUGGUACAACUUCACACCCGUUGCCAAGCACCGCACACUGACUGCAGAGGAAGCUGAGGAGGAGUGGGAGCGGCGGAACAAAGUUCUGAACCACUUCAGCAUCAUGCAGCAGCGGCGGCUGAAGGACCAAGGCGAGGAGGAAGAGGAGGAGAAGGAGAAGAAGGGCAAAAAGAAGGGGAGUGAUCUAAAAAUCUACGACCUGGAAGACGAGCUGGAGAUGAGUACAGAUGAAAGCGAGCUAAGCGAUGCUGAUGGUGAGAAGUCAGCCAAACCCAAAAAGAAAGCCCCUGUGAACAAGAAGAAGAAAAAGAAGAAGAAGGGAUCAGAUGAUGAGGCCUUUGAGGACAGUGACGAUGGGGACUUUGAAGGCCAGGAGGUGGAUUACAUGUCUGAUGGAUCUAGCAGUUCUCUAGAGGAAGCAGCGGGCAAACCCAAGGCGACCAAAGAGGAAGACGUCCUGAAAGGUAUAGAUGAAGCAAGUGAAAGUAGUGAAGAAAGUGAGGAAGAAAAGCCUGCAGAGGAGAAGGAAGAGGAAGAGGAGGAGAAGAAGGUCCCCACUCCACAGGACAAGAAGAAAAAGAGAGAUACCAGUGAUGAAUCCGAGACAUCUGAAGAUAGUGACAUUGACAGUGAAGCCUCUUCGGCACUCUUCAUGACGAAAAAGAAGACCCCACCCAAGAAGGAACGGAAGGGCUCGGCUAGCAGCUCACAAGGAAACAGCCGCCCGGGGACACCUUCAGUGGAUGCAGGCACCUCCUCCACACUGCGGGCUGCAGCCAACAAACUGGAGCAAGGUAAACGGCAGGCAGGAUCUAGUGAGCUCCCUGCAGCCAAGAGGCUGAAGAUGGAUGCUGGGCCCCAAGCCUCCACAACAUCUGGUAAAUCUACCCCACAGCCACAGUCCGGCAAAUCGACACCCAGCAGUGGUGAUGUGCAGCUGACUGAGGAUGCAGUGCGCCGUUACUUGACCCGCAAACCCAUGACCACCAAGGAUCUGCUGAAGAAGUUCCAGACAAAGAAAACCGGGCUGAGCAGUGAGCAGACAGUCAACGUGCUGGCCCAGAUCCUCAAGCGCCUCAACCCCGAGCGCAAGAACAUCAAUGACAAGAUGCACUUCUUCCUCAAGGAAUAAGAGGGCAGACCAGAGACAAGCUCUCUUUGGCCCCCACCGUCUUGCUUGGUGGCUCUGAGCCCCUGUAUUUAACCAGCAGCCGGGGUGGUUAGUAGUUAGGACUGUGUGGGCUGGCAUUUGCCUCUGUUGGGGAAAGACAUCUCCUUAAGGGAAGGAGCCAUUGCCCUAACUUCACCCAAGUGCCCCUUUGAGAUUAGAUUGGCACUGCCUAUAAAGGGGCACUGGAAACAUAUGACCUCUGAAUGGGGAAGAAUUUUUCCUCCAUGUGGAGGGAUUUGCAAAUGAAAUGCUGCCAUUUUUUUUUCCUUUUUAAUAAAUGAGGGCGUCUUUUACACUCCUUCCCUCUGUUUACUCCUAUGCUAGAAAGCCUUGAUGGGCAAACCUUAUGCCCUCCUGAUGAGUCACUUGUAACGUGCUUCAUUCUCAUCCCUAAUCCCUCCUCCCUCAGCACAGACUUGGAGAACAUUGUUGCUGGUGUAGACAUAUUUCUCCAUAUACACUUUUAAUAGGUCUAAAGCUCCAUGCUCUGAUCUGAGCCCUUGUUCUUAGGGUUGGCCUCCUUCGGCACCAGACCAUCUGGCUGUCACUAGUUUCCUCCAACCGAACCUGGACUAUUGUAUUUUAGUCUGUGAUGAAAGGCUCUGGGAUCUUUUUAGAAUGUAGAAUUACAAAUUCUGUAACACUGGAAUAAAUUAUGCAUUGGAUAGA